AAAGUGCCAAGACUUCUCGGCCACAGAUGUGCAGAAGACGCAAACUGCAUUGACAUUCCAAACGCCCGAUGUAGCGAAAACAACACAUGCAUUUGCACGUACAAGUACAAAGACACAGACGACAGGACAGCAUGUAGCGCACGACCCCGGGUAUCCAUUCCGACUGUCACCGAUCUUUGGUUAGGUCGCAUUUGUAAUCUUGAGGACAAGGAACCGUGUCCAAAUUGGAACAUCACUAAUCAGCGGUGUAUGUCAGAGGACGGCAGGGUCAACACCAGGUGUCGCUGUGUGGCGGGUUUCUCUAACGUUUACAACGAAGGCGAAUGUCAAGAAACGCAGACCUAUUUCAUACAAGUAAAUAUAUCCCAUGAACUUGGAUGUCUAAAAAGGAAAGACAGAGAGGACAGCGAACGAUGUUACAUAUACCAUCCCUUCCGGUAUAUCAAGCAGUACCGAAACCAAAAUACAGGUCACUUCCGGAACCUCAAACUGAGGUCCCAGAUUCGUGGGCUGGACGGUGCCUUCAACCAGAGUGAUAUCUGGGAUCGAUACGUAUCCAGUGAGGUCAUCAAUAUGACCGAGACCAGGUCCGGUUUCCAAAUUAACGCUGUUCUCCAGAUCAUGGCCGAUUAUUAUACAGUCAUGAACGGAUCUGAAAUACGGAUACAUCUCGCCAACCACCUCAAAAGAAACGACGGAAUCCUAGGAACCAGUCAACUGCGCGUCGCCGAACCUUAUAUAGACAACAUUCAAAUAGAAGAUUUUGACGAGUGUGAAGAGUGGCAGGGCCGCCUGAACGACUGUUCGAAAAUGGCAUGGUGCAUCAAUACUUACGGUAGCUUCAUGUGUUCAUGUUAUUACGAGUUCGAGGACAAGUCACUGGAUCCGAUCAGUCGUCCAGGAAGGGUCUGUGAAGAACAAACUGAAACAACAACACAGAACACCAGAUGCUCUGGUGGAUCCUGUAAAACCAGAUGGGAAUGGGUAGGAUUCGCUCUCGUCAUGCUGUUCAUUGUCCUUAUAUCAUUCCUAGUGUAUGAGGUUUAUAUUCGCAAAAAAGAACUUCGUGAGCAAGAAGACCCUGGCUAUUCAAAACUUAAGCGAGGAAGAUCGCGAAGAUCUCGCAGAAGUCGGCGAAGCAGACGACGUUCACGAAAAUCCAUUUCCCGACAUAAUAGAGAGUCUGAUGGCGGGAACAGUGACUGUGCUAUAACUAUUGAUCAAGACAUACCGACGAAAGAUGAAAAUCCCCCAACAUAUGGCACAGGUGAUUCCUAGCGAUUACCUUGUUACUAAAAUUAAAACCAAGCAACACAAAAUGAACCGUAAUUCCGACGAAAUUGGUACGUGUAUAUUACAAUGAUUACGCACGGUUCUAUGCUAUGUUGUAUACAAUUUGCCUGUAAGGAACCAUCUAUGGGAAGUUUCUGAGAAUUAUUUGCCUGAAGAGACCAGCGAUAUGUUGGAUAACUACCUUGAAUAUAGUUGUCACGAACGGAAUCGGCAAAACCUAGACCUGAGCGUGUCUGCUAAGCAGUCUCCUAAUAAUGUUUAAAAUAGCUACACGAUGGUAAUCAAACACUGACAUCCGGUCACAACCAAAUCGCCACAAGCAUACUAUAAUACGUUCCUGGGUUUUACGGACAAUGAUCGGGAGUUCCUCUGCUAAGCUAUCAUUGCCCAGCAUAUUGACAGUGGUCGCAUCACAACUACAUGUACCGUUGACUAUCAUAUAUAUAAUCAAAAUCCCGUCAAAAGUGAAUGAAUACUGGUCACUUCCUGACAUUUUAUUUUAAUAAAGUGAACGUUAGAUGCUACCAGAGAUAAUCCUUUGGGAACAUCAUGUCCUCGAUAACCAGUCAGGAAUCUAAAUCUUAACAGAGAGUAAAUACUCCAACUUUUCAAAUCAAUGGGACGGCUUUCCUUGCCUAACUGCUCCAAGGAACCAUUUGAUGAUUAUGCUGCCUGAAGGUAUACAGAUGACGUUAAACGAUCUUUUCAUCGAGGUGCUCUAGCUGAAUGUAUCCCAGCGUAGUAUCUGCUUUAACAGACUAUGGUAAAAUUAGUCCUCUCAAAACAUUGGAUGCUAGUCAAACUUUGUAAUAUUCCGAAAGUUUGGUGUUACCAGUAUCAAAUUACGUCAUUGUUUAGAAUCCAAUGAUUUUUUUUCCUAAUUUUAAGUUAACUGUUAUAAAAUGAAAUACGAAAACGUUUCAGAUGUGUUUGAUGUGAGGAAAGACAAAAGUAAUGUAAAAAGAGUGGAAAGCGUAUUGUACAAUGUGUGAGCGAGAAAGAGCAAACAUGCAGUCACUGAUUAAUAAUAUUGAGGAGGAAUUAAUUCACUGCAUCAUUUAUGUUGUAUCACUAAUGUUAGGCGGUCAGCAGUUCAUUUCAGUGCUACACUGAUCUUUGUUUGAAGGAGAGGGAUAUUGUUACUGUGCAAAGACAAAGAAAGAGAGAGAGAAAGAGACAGACAGACAGACUGAAAGAGAGAGAAGAAAAAGGGGAGAAUAGUUUGUGUAAAAAAAUGAAACAAUUUUCAUUCCAAGGAUAUAUACCAUGUAUGUGUAAUAAAAAACAAAGUCCU